GAUAGGAUUGCUAUGCUUAAAAAUGUAAAAUUAAUGGAAAGUUACACAAAUCAGCCAGAUGUCAUUGUCAUGUCAUGUAAAGCAAAUAAAAUGUUGUUCAAUACGGUCCACUAUAAUAAUUGAAAGAAUCCAUUGAAUGACGUGCUGAGACCUUGGAGUGUUGUUAUCAGGAAGUGCAUUAGUGUAUUUGCCGAAAAAAUGUCCACGCAGAACGAAGAAACGGUGGAUAUUAACGGUGCCGCAAACUCAGAGCCGAGCAAAGAAAAACGCAUCGGUUGCGCUCAUUACAAACGUCGUGCAAAGUUCGUGACACCAUGCUGCAACAAGGUGUAUGUAUGCCGCUACUGCCAUGAUGAGAAUGAGCAGCAUUACUUCAACAGGAAAUCUGUCACAGAGCUGAUAUGCACAGAAUGUGACAAGAGACAAAAAGUUCAGGAGGAGUGCGAGAACUGCGGUGUGCGGUUUGGAAAGUACACAUGCCUGAUCUGCAAUCUGUUCGACGAUGAUGACAAGCGCCAGUAUCACUGCGAGGGCUGCGGUAUCUGCCGCGUGGGGGGACGCGACCGGUUCUUCCACUGCGAGCGAUGCAACAUGUGUCUGCCGGUGCAGCUGCAACAAGUCGGACAUAGGUGCGUGGAAAACGUGUCCCGGUCGAACUGCCCGGUGUGCUUAGAGGACAUCCAUACAUCCCGCAUCCCGUGCCACAUCCCGGACUGUGGCCACUUGCUGCACCGGCCGUGCUUCGAGCAACUACUGCACUCUGGCCACUACGCCUGCCCCACCUGCCAGACUAGCAUGAUCGAUAUGACUAAUCUGUGGAGUUAUUUAGACUCUGAAGUGGCAGCUACGCCGAUGCCGCCGGAGUACGCGGACUACAAGGCGACCAUACUCUGCAAGGAUUGUCAUAAGUUAUCGACGGUAAAGUUCCACGUGGUGGGUCUGAAGUGCCAACACUGCGGCGCCUACAACACAUGCCAGACCAACGGGUUCCAUAAGGACUCAAACAGCACGCAAGCCGGCGACUCGUCGACCGCUACAUCAACGUCGACUAGUCGCAGCGGAUCGUCGUCUGCGACAUUCCCAGAAACGCGCGAAGAAACGCAAAAUGAUGAAUUGCCGCGCGCCAACCCAAUGGACGAGCCGCCGCAAGCUUGACACAUCAUGUAGACGCUUGCGACACGACUGAUCGCAACAGUCACACUUGUCGCACGACAAGUCGCAUCUUUUAUAAGGUGAUGUUAAUUAUUGUCUUUAUUUUUUAGAUUGUCGCACGUAUGGUUGUCGUGUCGGUCGUCCGAUUUCAUUGUUGUCCGAUAAGUUGAAAGCAAUUUGACAUAUCUUGUGAAUUAUAUUUAUUUAAUUUUAUCGUCUAGUUACAUAUUGUAUUUUAGGGAUUUUUUCGUCUGGCAAUACCUGUGUUCUGUGAAUAUUUUUGUUUUGUAUCUGAUUGAGGUUUUUUAUUGUAAAAUG